AGCGGCCCCCGCCCCGAGAGCUGCCCGGAGCUCCCCGGGAGCCUCAGGUGGUGAAUACUUAUUCUGCUGGGAAAUAGAAGAGUACUUCCAGAGCAAAAAACAUGCCUCCCAAGUUCAAGCGCCACCUAAAUGAUGAUGAUGUCACUGGUUCUGUGAAAAGUGAAAGGAGAAAUCUUUUGGAAGAUGAUUCAGAUGAAGAAGAGGACUUUUUUCUAAGGGGACCAUCUGGACCAAGAUUUGGACCUAGAAAUGAUAAAAUUAAGCAUGUUCAGAAUCAGGUGGAUGAAGUUAUUGAUGUCAUGCAAGAAAAUAUUACAAAGGUAAUUGAAAGAGGAGAGAGACUAGAUGAACUACAGGACAAAUCAGAAAGCUUAUCGGAUAAUGCAACUGCUUUUAGCAACAGAUCCAAACAACUUCGAAGGCAGAUGUGGUGGCGUGGAUGCAAAAUAAAAGCCAUCAUGGCUUUGGUUGCUGCUCUCCUUUUGUUGGUGAUUAUCAUUCUUAUAGUUGUGAAAUACCGCACUUGAUUUGAGGACAGACAUCUUCAUUAAACAAAAUCUGGGACAAUGAUAAUAAUAAAAGAUUGCUGCAUAACUUAAAUGAAACCCAUGUAUAUAACUUUCAAAACUUCCUUUUUCAAGAAACAACGAGGCAAAUCUCACUUCAAACUGGAGCAUCGAGACUGUCCAUUGUUUUCUUCCCUUCUAGCGAAAUGUGCUUUUAAUAAUUAUGUUUACGGCGAAGACAACCAGCCUCUGUUUUGCCAUAUUCCAAGGGUCGAAUUUGAAACUAGAUAGUUGCCAGCUCAUGAUUUGUGUCUGUACUUAAACAGUGGUAGCGAUACUUCAUCCUGUUGCUUUAACGGCAUAAGGACUUGCGUUCUUACAGUAAAGGUGGGUGUCAGGACGCCUGUGGGGACAAUCAGAUCAUUUCACUAAGAGAGAUGCUUAACCGUUCCAUCAAUAGUUGCAAGAUUCUUCUCUGUUACAGUUGCUGUGCAGGCAAUUUCCACAUGUUUAUGGGUGUGACAGAAGCCGUGUUGUAAAUGUCGCUGCCUUCAGUUAGAACUAAAAACAUUCCAGGAAAUCUAUUUUUGAUUGUAUAAGGGAAUGUGUAGUAAUCUUUUGGCAUUUGAAUUAUGGAAAUGGGAACUUUAAACACUGUGAAAAGCAUGGUAUGUCACCAUGAAACGAGAUAAUAAAACGAUUGGAGAACGUUGCUGGAGUUUUUGAAAGUGACCAACAUGGAGCCACACGUCCCAGUCCAGUCUCUUUCCCAUUAGCCUCCAGUAAGGGACCAGUCCUAAUGGGAGUACAAAAAAUCCACAGGUAACUCGCUCCCUAAUUUUAUCCUCGCUAAUGUUAUCGCUUUCCUCUUCAACUAAUCCUUAUACCAGAAGCACUGAAAGUGGCAACAUCAUCUGCUUAGAGUUUGCUGCUGUUUUGCGUUCCCUGAUCCUCCCCCUGGGAGAUGCAUGCUUACCAUCAAGUGUCAGAUUAGCCCACAGAGACAAGGAGAAGCCAGGUUCCUGGUAGUCAUCAGCCACUAACCAAGUGCUUGAGUCACCAUUAGCCUGGUCUGUGUUCACAACAAUAAAACGCCUCGUUAACUUUAAAAUGUGCCAACCUCCUUGGGUUGUUUAAAAAGUCAGUAAAAACACACAGUCUUCUCAUGUGUUGGAAGCUUUUAUAGUGAAAUUGGAGGUUCUGUGGCAACGUGUGCAUGUGGAUAUCUUGACAUAUAAAGAUAACUCUAAAUUUGAAAUGGGGUUAAUAGAAAAAAACAGUAUUUAAAUGGGGGUGGGGGGAGGGGGUCUUGGAUAGCUUUUAUUUCUUUGGUCAUUUUAAUUCAAAAUGUACGAAACAUCGAGUUUUCUUUUUAAUUCUACAGGAUGAGCACUAAGAGGCAAAAAUGUUCUGGUU